AUGGUAAAGGCUUCUUUAGAAGAUUUAUUAGAUUUGAAAAUUGAAGAAAAUAUUUUUAUCCAAUUACACACAUUUAUUGGUGAAACAUCAUCAAUGGAAUCAUCAUUGGAGUCAACUUGUCAUCCCGUCGUUUUCAUCUUGUGUUAG